UCAACAUGGCGACUCAAGGAUUCAUCCGUCUGACGUGUUUGGCUGUGCUGCUUCUACAAGUGGCUUACGUAAGGUCAAGUUCGCAGCUGUGCACGGAAGAGGGGCGCUUCCCUCACCCCGACAGCUGCGGCAGCUACGUGGACUGCCUGCCCGGCGCCGGCGACAAAAUGGUGGUGAGGGAGGGCGACUGCCACGGCUUUCCCUUCUCUCCGUCUCUACGACGCUGCGUCUCUCACGAGGAGUACCCGGAAUGCGUGACCAAGGCAGCGCGAGUGGCCUUUCCGCUCUCCGACUUUGACUACCUGUGCGCCGGGGGGGCGAGCACGGCCGGCUGCAUCCACUGCCGACUCGCCUUCGAGUGCAUCGGCGAGAAGGCCUACAUAGACCCCUGCGCGGACGGGGACACUUGCUCCGAUUAUGCUCUCUUCGGUGGCGGCGCUUGUCUGCCCUACAACUUUACUCUAGUCAAGUCUGACAAGUGUGACUGCAGCCAGAUCGGACUUGCCCCAGAUAGUUACAAUUCUACGUACUAUUUGUUAUGCGACCCCAACUCCGCUCCCGACCUGGUGGAGGUUUUCUCAUGCGAAGAAGGCAAAACUUUCAGCAAUGUGACCAACAACUGUGAGGCGGCUGCUUGCAGCAGUGAGCCUGCUGUACCGGCGUGCAAUGGAGAGACCGGCACGUUUGUCAACCCCAACCAAUGCAGCUGGUAUUACACUUGCUUGCCAGACGGCUCGAGCAGAUCCUCCUGCUGCGGAGAAGCAAAGCAGUACUUCAACGAGACGAGCCAAACAUGCGUGGACGCCUGCGCCCUCGCCAACAGCACUGCCACGGCCAGCCCCUGCGACGGCGUCAAUGUGGGCAAGUUCGCGGACCCUUCAGACUGCACCAAAUACGUGUUUUGCGACGCCGCGACCACCCCGAUCAAGACGCAAACGUGUCCUUUCGGCACGUACUUCGACGGGUCAGGCUGCGUGGCCGGCAAGUGUACGAACCCGGUGAACGUCGCGGACUGUCCCGGCUUCGCUGAACUCGGCUGCUGAGAGAAUUACGUCCCUGACCUCGACUCGACGUAGUAUGAAUGGCAAAUUUUACUGACCUAUGUUGAGCAGCACGAUGAUUGAAUGAUUGCAACUUUUGAAUGGGUUUUACCCACUGUAAUAAAUUAGUGAUUGAUUA